AUUUGGACUAAAGCAAGCAUGGAUUCAUUCACUGAGGGGAAAAUGGAGACUAGCGUGAGGAACAAGCAAGUGAUACUCAGAGAUUACGUUAAGGGUUUCCCAAAGGAGUCUGACCUAAUGAUAAUCGAGGCUGCGGACGCUGUAGAACUUAAGGUUAAGGCUGGAUCCAAGGCCAUUCUGGUGAUAGAUUCCGAUGAUCCGACUUUCGCAAAAGGUGACUUUGUUUGGGGAAUGGUCAACUGGGAAGAGUAUAGUACUAUUAACCCAACCCUUACUUUCAAAAUCGACGUCAGUCUCAAUGUUCCUCUCUCCUACUACACUGGGAUUCUCGGUAUGCCAGGUUUAACUGCUUAUGCGGGGUUUUUCGAGAUUUGUUCACCUAAGAAAGGAGAAACGGUGUUUGUCUCUGCGGCUGCUGGUGCGGUUGGUCAGCUCGUGGGUCAAUUUGCUAAGUUGAUGGGAUGCUAUGUUGUUGGAAGUGCUGGAACUAAGCAAAAGGUCGAUAUCUUGCUAAACAAAUUUGGAUUCGACGAUGCAUUCAAUUACAAGGAAGAGCCUGACCUUGAUGCCGCCUUAAAGAGGUGUUUACCACAAGGUAUUGACAUUUACUUUGAGAACGUGGGAGGCAAAAUACUUGACUCGGUACUAAUGAACAUGAAAGCUUAUGGGCGUAUUGCUGUAUGCGGGAUGAUAUCUCAGUACCAUCUUGAAACCAAUGAAGGAAUUCGAAAUCUACCGGUCCUUAUCUACAAGAAGAUCAAGAUGCAAGGGUUUGUGACGUUGGACUUCAUCGAUAGAUUCCCUAAGUUCAUGGAGUUUGUGAUUCCAUAUAUUAAAGAAGGGAAGAUAAUAUAUAUUGAAGACAUUGUUGAAGGAUUCGAGAAUGGUCCUGCUGCUCUUGUUGGACUCGUCCAUGGACAAAACGUUGGGAAGCAAGUCCUUAAGAUUGCUCAAGAGUGACAUAUACCAUACGAACAUAUUCUAGGUGAUUUCCAAUGGUUUGUGCAAAGAUAAUAAUCGGAUUGUUAAAUCUGUAGUGUGUUUUUGAUUGUAUUGAGUUUAUUUACGAUAUUAUUCUAAACGUUAAAUCUGUAGUGUGUCAGUAAUAAUGCUUCCUAUAGUAAACCCUUUCGCAAAAAAAAAAAAAAAUGCUUCCUAUAGUUUUUUUGGGUGUAGCAUUAUCAGAUUUUAAGAUAUGAAAACCAUCUGACGUUCAACUGUUUGAUUGUAUAUAU